AUGGCAGAAAGAAACAAACCAGAAGACACACAGUCCAAGGCCGACGAUUCCGUCCAUGGCGAGGCACAGAAGGAAUUCGUCGAUCCAGUUCGACCGGCUCACACACAUCUCGAUCGAGAAGAGAUCGAUUUGCUGCCAUCCGAGCAUCGCGACUAUCUCCUCGCCCGCCAUGGCACGCUUGAUCUCGACCCUGUACCUGACAUGAGCGAUGCGGACCCUUACAAUUGGCCGCAUUGGAAGAAAGUGGUCAAUCUCGUCCUCGUUGCGUUCCACGCAAUGAUGGCAACGUUCACUGCGGCUUCCAUUCAAUCCGCAUUCGAAAACAUUGCCGAGGAUCUUGGUUGCAGUCUGCAACGAGCCUCAUACCUGACGUCUCUUCAAAUUGCCAUCCUAGGUGGCGCUCCACUCUUUUGGAAGCCAUUGUCCGAUCGCUACGGCAGACGACCGAUUUUCAUGAUCUCGCUCAUUUGCUCCAUGGUCUGCAACAUUGGCUGCGCAUACAGCUUCUCCUACGCGAGCAUGGCUGCCUGUCGUGCUCUCGUUGCCUUUUUCAUCAGCCCUGCCGCUGCAAUCGGUAGCGCUGUCGUAGCCGAAACCUUUUUCAAGAGAAGACGAGCUCGAUACAUGGGUAUCUGGACAUUGAUGGUGACUAUUGGAGUGCCUGUCUCGCCCUUCCUCUUUGGCUUCGUGGCCUAUCGUGUCGAGUAUCGAUGGAUCUACAAGGUCCUGGCAAUUACGAAUGCGGUGCAAUUCAUACUCUAUGUAUUCUUCGGUCCCGAGACUCGAUACCUGCGACACGGUGUGCAUCAUAAAGGCUCCGCCAUCAAGCAAGAAUACUUCCAGUUCCGCCGCAUUGAUCCCACUCCACUCCGACUUUGGGAUUUUGUUCAACCUCUAAGAUACGCCGCUCGCCUCUGCGUCAUGAUUCCCGCGGCUGCUUAUGCCAUGGUCUUCCUGUUUGGCAGUGUAAUGAUCACCGUUGAGGUCCCUCAGCUCUUCGGCCCGUCUUUCCAUUUCAACACCCAACAAAUGGGUCUCCAAUACAUAUCCAUGUUGGUCGGCGCUCUGAUCGGGGAGCAAAUUGGUGGCUUCAUGUCUGAUGCUUGGAUGAAUCGCCGUACCAAAAAGAUCGGCACCAGCCCUGCGCCCGAAUGGCGAUUGUGGUUGUCCUAUGGCGGCUUUCUUCUGACCAUUAUCGGUGUUAUUGUCUUCCUUGUCCAGCUUGGGGAGAUAGGCACGCAUUAUAACGUGACUCCGCUGGUCGGCGCAGCGAUUGCCAGUGGCGGCACUCAAAUUGUCACGACUGUCCUGAUCACCUACUCGGUCGAUUGCUAUCGAGAAGACGCGGCGAGCGUGGGAGUGUUCAUUACGUUCGUCCGUCAGAUUUGGGGCUUCAUCGGCCCCUUCUGGUUCCCACAGAUGUUCGAGAAUGUUGGUCUUUACGGCUCGGCGGGCAUCACCACUGGCUUGUUGGUGGGAGUCAGCUUGCUACCUACCAUUUUCUUGCAAUGGAAGGGCCGCGCCUUGCGAUGAUGACAGUGACACGACUAAGGGAUAAGGGACCAGAGUGUAUGAUGGUGGAAUUGUUAGCCUUUGUAUCCUACCUUUUUAUAUCUAGGUACAAAAAGUACCAACAUUGCG